UUUAAUCAGGGAAGUCUAUUUUGUUGAUCGGUAAUUGUUUAAAAACAAAAAGAAACAAGCAACUUCUCUCUGUUUGAGUUUAUUUUGACAGUUAAUCGGCUUAUAAAUUAUCAGUCAGUUUUCCAUUUCCAAAAAAAAAAAAAAUAGUAAUUUCCAAAAUCAUGCCGCGAGUGUACAACUAUGACAAAAAAGAUGACAGGAAAAAAGAUAACCACGUGACAGUUGCUAAAUUAGUUUUUAGUUAUUUACGUAAAAUUUCGAUAAUGGAUGCGCAACGGCGACGAAAAAAAAAUGCUCUGCACAGUUUCCGUAGGACACAUAUAAUGCGAAAGAGACCUAAUCCAGGACGUUAAUUUAUUAAGCUCAUUAAAAUUUUAUUUAAGUAGUAACCUAAAUUAAUAAUUAAAAAAUUGAAAAGUCCUCGCAACUAAAACUAUUUUCUAGGAACGUAUGUAAAAAAAAAGUAUAACUAUAUGUGGGAAAUGGUAGUAUAACUCUUGUCAUGAUGAUCAGUGAUAGUUGAUGGGGCCAAAGCUGAUGAGCAAGCCUUUGGAAAACGUACACAACACCUGAUGGUUCACACAGUUACGAUAAUCUCGAUGCAAUCACAUCACGUUAUACAAUGUAUAAACAUAUACAUACAAAUACGUACUCGAGCUUUUUUACUCAUUGCCGGAAGUCACUUAGUGUCAUCCUAGACUUGCAGUUUGUACUGUUUACCACGUGGAGCUCAAGCUCUUAUUGUGUUUUAUCUAAUAGCUAAAUAAGUGAGUUGAGUUUUCAAAAAAAUUUAUUGAGUAAUGAAUAGUUUAAGUGGGGGUAAAAAGUAUCGGAGAAGUGAAAAAAAACCAAUGGCUGAUGAUAAAAAAGAUGAUAAAUAUUAUGAACGGCGUAAAAGAAACAAUGAAGCCGCUAAAAAAUCACGAGACGCUCGGAAACUACGCGAAGAUUUUAUGGCAAUAAGAGCUAAAUUAUUAGAGAACGAAAACGGAAUUUUGUGGAAAAAAAUAAUUUUAUUGUGUCAAGAAGUUGAAGCUCUUCAUGAAUUUAUAAGAAAAACUCGUCAAUUUGUACCAGCAAAUAGAACUGAUCGUAAAUAUUGGGCGGAUAUAAAUCAUCAGCGAGAAAUCUUAAUUCAUAGACCAAUUAAUUGUCUAACAAAUAUUGCCGAGCGUCCGUCAACGUCAACAUCGAUCUCAUCGUCAUCGUCAUCAUCAGUUGACAAUAAUAACAAUGCUAGCGUGACCGCUUUGACAUUUAUCUCACGGCUUUCAUCAAUUUCGCAUGCACCAACACAGUUUGCAAUCUAAUAAUCCUAUUAUUUACAUCUACGUGAUUCUUUAUUUACACCGAGCUUAAAUACUAUUUAUUCAUAACUAUAUUAAUUAUUUACUUAAUAAGUUAAAUAACGAAACACGGCGCAUAUAAUUAUAAUAACUAUUUUGUACUCUAUAAAAUUAUAUUGCUUCAAUAAUAAUAAUUAUUAUAAUCACAAUGAAAUUAAAAAUAUCUGAUAUUAAAAUUGAGCAUUAAAAAAAU